AUGGCGCCAUCUAUCCACUCGCAGGAGGGCUCGAACUCUGACAAGCAUGCCGCCGACGACAUCCUCCAGGCGCAGCAACUUGCCAGCCAAUGGCAGGAAGGCACCGAUGCCGAGAAGAAGCUGGUUCGCAAGCUCGACUGGAGGAUCCUGCCCUGCUGUUGGGUCCUCUACUUGCUUGGCUUUCUGGACCGAGCCAAUAUUGGCAACGCCAAAUCCGGAGGCCUCGAGAAAGACUUUGGGCUCACUUCAGAGCAAUAUUCCAUCAUUGUCAUGAUGUUCUUCCUUUCCUAUCUGGUUUGUGAGGUACCAUCGAACAUGAUAUUGACUAGAGUUCGGCCGAGCAUCUUCUUACCUGGGCUUGGACUCGUAUGGGGCACGUUUGCUGCUCUCAUGGGCGCGACACACAACUGGCACCAGCUUGCCGGGAUGAGGUUCCUUCUUGGCGUUGCCGAGGCCGGGUUUGCGCCCGGGUGUGCUUUCUUCCUGUCGACUUGGUACCGCCGGUACGAGCUGGCGACUCGCUUCUCCCUGCUCUACACCUCAGUCCCCAUUGCUGGUGCGGUCUCUGGGCUGCUCGCGGGGGUCAUCACACAAUACAUGGAAGGUGCUGGUGGCAUUGCUGGCUGGCGCUGGCUCUUUAUCAUAGAAGGCCUGGCCUCUGUUGUCGCAGCGGUGUGCAUCUUCUUCCUCAUGCCCGACUACCCCUCCAACAGCAAGCGCUUCCUGAACGAGGAGGAGGCGAUCCUGGCGUGCAACCGCCUCGCCGUGGACGGAAUCGCCCUCGCUCAGGGCGCUUCGACCAAGAAGCUCGGCCACUGGGAGGCCUUUGUCAUGACAUGCAAGGACUGGCGUGUUUGGGCACAGUGCAUCAUGUUUGUGCUCGUCACGGGCUCGCAGACGAUGCAGUACUUCAUCCCUACGCUCGUCAACAGCUUCGGAUGGAAGGGCUAUGUUGGGCAGUACUACACGAUUCCCGCGUACAUGGCCGCCCUGUGCUACGUCGUGGGCUGUGGCUACCUCGCCGACCGCUUCAAGACCAAGUGGCCCUUCAUCACUGCCCUCUCCGCCAUCGGCACUCUCUUGUUUAUCGGCGUCAUCGUGGCCUCCGGCACGGGCGACCGCGUCGCACAAUACGUCCUUACAGUCUUUGCUUUUGGCACCAUCUACGGCUGCUCGCCCCUGGUCAAGACGUGGCUCGCCGACGUGAUCCCCCAGCCCGCGGAGAAGCGCGCCAUCGCGAUCGCGCUCAUCAACUCGAUCGGCAACGCGUCGAGCAUCUACUCGACGUGGCUGUGGCCCAGCACCGACGCGCCGCGGUACAUUCCUGGUUUCGCGACGACCACGACGUGGCUCGGGGUCCUGUGCGCGCUGAGCGUGGGCUUCGCGGUGCUGUUCAGGAAGUUCCCGACCGAGAGGAGCGAUCAUACGCAGACGAUGGCGGGGGAGAUUCGGGCGCAGAGGGAGGCGGCGAAUGCGUCGAGUCGGGCGUGAGGAACUUUUCGUGUCCAAGGACUAGGGGGCUGCUGGAUGGACGGAUGGAUAAUUCUGACCGACGAUAGUGAAUGCGAGUCUUCGGGGCUUCCCCAUGCAAUCAUGACCAACCACGCCGAGUCCCUCCCUGCAUGUGUACGUGUGAUGCAGCCGAGUUAGAAGGCGCAGAGGGUCAGAGGGUCAGAGGUCUAGAGGGUUAGAUGCCCAGAGGGUCAGAGCCAGUUGCCUCGAAGCUACAUCCCCCAACCUUCCAGAGUUGACACCGCAUUUCAGAGGUUUGGAUCAGGCUGCAUAAUUGGUGGAACUUGGACGGCCUCGCAUCAGAGCUGAGAACCUAAACGAUAG